AUGGAUUCGGAAGAUGAGGAUAAAUUAGAGGAGCUCAAAGUUUACUUCUCCAAGUCUGAGUGGACCAAUUUGCAGAAAUGUGAGAAAGUGCGAUUCAAAAGGAUCAAGAGGAACCAUGAAGUUAUGCUAGCCCUCGGACGAUCGAAGAAAGAGCAUUUGAAAUCGCAGAAGGGGCAGGCAGUCUACAUCCGUGGUGAAAAGCUCCGCAGCACGCAGAAAGUGUGCUACACUGAGGAAGAGGAGCCCAGAGAUGAAGAUUAUCUCUAUUGUGACGAGUGCCAGUCCUUCUUCACUGAUGAAUGCCCGGUCCACGGCCCCCCUUCGUUCAUUUCGGACUCUCCAGUGCCCGCGGGGGGCCCCGACAGGGCCCGGCUUACCCUGCCCCCCAGUCUGGAGGUCAGUGUCUCCAGCAACCCUGGAGCAAGCCUGGGGGUGUUCACCAAGGGACAGACAGUGCCCAGGGGAGUGCACUAUGAACCCUACGAGGGAGAGCUGACUGAGGAAGACGUAGCCAUGGAGAGCAGCAACAAUGUUCGCUCUCCUGCACAGCAGAGAUCUACCUGCACAAGCACAUCAAGCACUCUCACCAUGAGGAAUACCAGCAGCAAGAGAGCGCAUGCAUGCGCCCAGUGUGGGAAGAGUUUCAGUGUGGGGGGAAGCCUUAAACGACACCAGCGAACUCACACAGGGGAGAGGCCGUACCACUGCGCCCAGUGUGGGAAGACUUUCAGUCAGGAGGGAAGCCUUAAACAACACCAGCGAACUCACACAGGGGAGAGGCCGUACCACUGUACCCAGUGUGGGACCAGUUUCAGUCAGGAGGGAAGCCUUAAACGACACCAUCGAAUUCACACAGGGGAGAGGCCUUACCACUGUACCCAGUGUGGGAAGUGUUUCAGUCACGGUUCAGACCUUAAACGGCACCAGCGAACUCACACAGGGGAGAGGCCCUACCACUGCGCCCAGUGUGGGAAGAGUUUCAGUGUGGAGGGACACCUUAAACUACACCAGCAAACUCACACAGGGGAGAGGCCGUACAACUGCGCCCAGUGUGGGAAGAGUUUCAGUCAGGAGGGAACCCUUAAAGGACAUCAGCGAACUCACCCAGGGGAGAGGCCGUACCACUGUACCCAGUGUGGGAAUAGUUUCAGCCAAGUGGCACACCUUAAACUACACCAGCGAAUUCACACAGGGGAGAGGCCGUACCACUGUACCCAGUGUGGGAAGAGUUUCAGCCAAGGGGCACACCUUAAACUACACCAGCGAACUCACACAGGGGAGAGGCCGUAUCACUGCGCCCAGUGUGGGAAGAGUUUCAGUCAGGAGAUAAGCCUUAAACUACACCAGCGAAUUCACACAGGGGAGAGGCCGUACCACUGUACCCAGUGUGGGAAGAGUUUCAGUCAUGAGGGAAACCUUAAACUACACCAGCGAACUCACACAGGGGAGAGGCCGUACAACUGUACCCAGUGUGGGAAGAGUUUCAGUCAGGAGGGAAGCCUUAAACUACACAAGCGAACUCACACAGGGGAGAGGCCCUACCACUGUACCCAGUGUGGGAAGAGUUUCAGUCAGGAGGGAAACCUUAAACGACACCGUCAAACUCACAUGCUCAAGGGCACGAUGAAUUAA